CGAGUCUCUAUAAGCUGUUAGGCAGGGGAAAUACUUCCUCGUCGCUAAUUCUCCACGACCCUACUGUCUUCAUUUCCGCAGAAGCCGGCACAUACAGCUUCUAUAUCGCUUAUAAGAGGCCCCCGCUGUGAACACCUUUGUUUAUCGAUCUUUUCUCUCUUCACGUCUUUGCCGCUGCAUGCCACGUUCCCGACAUAUCUAACAUGUCGCACUACACCGCGGACCCAGUGAUUGUGCAAGAAUACAAAAAUUCGCAGAGUCGGGUUUCGGGGUGGGUGGCAAGCAAUGAAGGUGCUGAAUUUUACUCACCCAACGCGCCGCCAACCGAGUUGGAUGAGGGCGAGUGGAUUCCGGGAUCGCCUGUUUCCGACGCUUGGAGCUCUAUCUCAGUACCUCCCAGGCUGAAGCUACGCUUUACGGAUGGUCGACCGGACGAACCCAUUCCCAAUCCCCAACGAGAUGCUGUGAAAGGACGCAAGUCCACAAGGCAUGCUGAGAAUCGCGACGAUUCUCAUCGUACAAGAUCGCUCUCGGGGCGAAGUCGACAUGGACAGAUAGAGCGGCUGCCAUCUCGUUCCCCCGAAGAAAUCCAAAUCCUGCCUUCGCAGUACACCGUCGACCAAGUACCAACACAUCCCAUUUCGCAUCAAUCACGAUCGCGUUCUCUUCCUAGGAACACAUUUUCUCAAACACAUACCGACCCUCCCCCUCCGCCAAUUCCUAAUCCCCAGGUGCCUCUCAUUCCUCCAUCGAUGACAUCGAUUCAGGGUCCUCAAGUCAAAUUUUCGCAGCCUCAGCCAGUCCCUUCAAGGCAUGGGUCAACUUCCCACAACCAUAAGCGCACUCCCCCCGCUAUUGUUUACGCUCCUUCUGGUCACUUCCACGCCAAUUAUCAGCCACCUGUCAUCUACAACUAUAUGCCGAACGUCGGUCCGAACGGAAUGGUAUAUAGCCAUUCGGCUCCCAUAAAACACCAGGCUCCUCGUUACCCUCCCUCUAAUGCAACUCCUUAUCCAUAUGAUGAUUACAUUUCUCAAGUCAGUCGAGAGAAGGGUCACCUUCGAGCGGGAUCCGUGCCUCUGAGUCACACGCCGUCCUAUGCGGCGAGUGAUGAAUCCGGGAGCACAUAUUAUGUGAUCCCAACGGGGAAGCAGAAAGUGCAUGUUAUCCGUCCGGGAGAUACUACCAUUUACGCUUCCUCACGAUCACCCCCGUCUUCUCGAUCUCCUACGUCCUCAAAGUCCCCUGCAUCUUCUAAAUCGCCCGUGUCCCCCAUGUAUCCCAGUGCGAUUCAGAAGAAACCGUUUUUACAGCGCUUGUUCAGUUUGGCGCCACGCCUAUCAUUCUCAUCCGCCAGCUCUGGCAAAGGCUCUACUCAUACCAGUCGCCGCCUUCAACGGCGCCAUUCCACAGGGACCCGAUCUCAACGAUCGAACACCAGAUGACUUUUCAUCUCCUUACCAGAGCUUAUCUAUUCUAUAACGUUUUAUAAUGUCCCUUUGCAUCUCUUUAUCGUCUUUGGUUUCGUACCGCCCAGUUCCAGCAUGAUUUCUUCUUGCAUACUUUUCUCAACCCCUCGGCAUUUCUCCUGUAUCACUCCUCGUCAGCAUCAAAAAGUGUAUGAACCGUCAGUUACAACUGUACCCGGAUCUCCCAUUAUAUAUCCUUUACUUAAUAUGUGCGCCUCCGACUAUAACGAUACACGUCUUUUUGACAUUAGAAUGGCCACGGCGUACCGUAAUUUCGGAUGUGGCAAAUAUUUAAUGCCUCCAUUGGACCAGGCGAUGAAGGGCUCGACCGCGCCACCUAAUUCCUCGUAGCUCUUGUUUGGGCAAUAAACUUGCACGUGUUAUUAAUGAACCUACUACGCGACGUGGCAACAUCAUCGGAUUUGCGGUCACCCA